AUUUUUCUUUUGUUCGGGAGAGCAUGUGUUUCUCUUGUCUUGGUUGGGUGCACAAAUCUUCUUUUAUGUGUGCUGCUUCUUACGCUGUUGCCUAGACGAUCACUGGCUUUCACUGAGGAUGUCUGGUUCUCGUAAAGAGUUUGACGUGAAGCAGAUUUUAAAAAUCAGAUGGAGGUGGUUUGGUCAUCAGGCGUCAGCCCCUAAUUCUGCAAUUGAAAACCACCAGGGAGACUUCUGGAACAGAGCACAAAAUGUAACAACUGGUGGCACAAAGUUUUUAGAUUCAGGUAACCUACCUUUAACAGCAGUUGGUUACAGAAGGUCCAGCCAACAGGAUUUCCAGAAUUCACCUCCUUGGCCAAUGGCAUCCACCUCAGAAAUCCCUACCUUUGAAUUCUCAGCAGAAGACCGUGGAGGUGCACGUUGGCUUGACAGACAAGAAACAGAUGACAGAGCGAGUGAAGAAGAAAAUGAAUCGGAUAGCAGUUCGUGCAGAACUUCCAACAGCAGUCACACCUUAUCAUCUUGUCAAACUAUGGAGCCCUGUACCUCAGAUGAAUUUUUUCAGGCUCUCAACCACGCUGAACAAACUUUUAAAAAGAUGGAGAAUUAUCUUAGACACAAACAGCUAUGUGAUGUGGUGUUAGUUGCUGGUGAUCGUAGAAUUCCAGCUCACAGAUUGGUUCUCUCCUCUGUUUCGGACUACUUUGCGGCGAUGUUCACUAACGAUGUGAGGGAAGCAAGACAGGAAGAAAUCAAGAUGGAAGGUGUGGAGCCAAAUGCAUUGUGGGCUCUGGUUCAAUAUGCAUAUACAGGUCGCCUUGAAUUAAAAGAAGAUAAUAUUGAGUGCCUGUUGUCUACAGCUUGCCUUCUUCAGCUCUCUCAGGUUGUAGAAGCAUGCUGUAAAUUCCUAAUGAAGCAGCUUCACCCGUCCAAUUGCCUUGGAAUCCGAUCUUUCGCUGAUGCGCAGGGUUGCACUGACUUGCACAAGGUGGCUCACAAUUACACUAUGGUAUGUU